UUCCAAUCCUCUCCAUAUCAUGUGAUUCAGGUGUUCCAAUCCCCUCCAUAUCAUGUGAUUCAGGUGUUCCAAUCCCCUCCAUGGACACAGGUGUAUACAAUCAAGCCCCUAGGCAUGCAGACUGCUUCUACAAACAUUGGUGAAAGAAUGGGUCGCUCUCAGGAGCUCAGUGACUCCAAGCGUGGUCCCGUGAUAGGUGGCCACCUGGGCAAUAAGUCCAUCCGUGACAUUUCCUGGCUACUAAAUAUUCCACGCUCAACUGUUAGUGGGAUUAUAACAAAGUGGAAGCAACUGGGAACAACAGCCACUCAGCCACCAAGUGGUAGGCCACGUCAGAUGACAGGGCGGGGUCAGCACAUGCUGAAGCGCACAGUGCGCAGAAGUCACCAAUGUCUGCAGAGUCAAUAGCUAAAGACCUCCAAACUUGGUGUGGCCUUCAGAUGAGCCCAACAACAGUGCAUAGAGAGCUUCAUGGAAUGGGUUUCCAUGGCCGAGCAGCUGCAUCCAAG